UGCUUGCUGAUGACCCCAUCAUGUCCCAAAGGUACAGAACCUCCGUCCGCGACCGCUCCUCACUAGGUCUCCCAGAAUCAUCGAGUCCAUACGGAUUCACGCCUCCACACUCCGGGCGCUCGUCACCUUUCAACGAUACAUCCAAUGCAGGCAUGGGACAUCGCUAUGCGGAUGACCUAGAGGGUCAGAAUGAUGAGGCGUUGGAGGGCUUGAGUGCGAAGGUGAAACUUUUGAAGGAUAUCACCAUUGGAAUCGGUAACGAAGUGCGCGAGUCGACAGUACAACUCAGCCAAAUGAACGAUGCCUUCGCCGAAACCUCCGGCAUUCUGUCCGGCACCUUUCGCCGCAUGAACAACAUGGCCGCCCGUCAAGGCUGUCGCUGGCUCUGGUACAUCGUCUUCCUCGUCAUGGUUUUCUGGUUCUUCCUCAUCGUCUGGUGGUUUCGACGAUGAUCGCUCUGUACUCCGCUCCUCAUCAUCUCGUUUUUCGUCAACUCCCAUAGCCUAUCUAUCAUAUCUUACUCUGCGCCCACCAUCGCCACAUCACCAAAGCGACUCGGUCGACUACAGAAACCCGACGCCAACCGCUCUCCACUCCUCUCUACCGUACACCGCAUCCCAUAUCAUCCCAUGUAUUCUCUCCUCUCUCGUCCUUAUCUUGCACAUUGGACCGGAUUGUCGCAUUUU